UGUUUUAACGAUUUUGUUGUAAUCAUACAGCUAAAUCAUGAGCAGUGAGAUUUUUUGAUACGGUUAUAACCCUGUUAGCAGAGCAUCAGUUUUUCCCAAGACAUUUUGUGAAGCAACUAGCAAACAUUAGCCUGUCAGGUAGCUAGGGUGCCUCUUGCUAAAUGCUACAGAGAAUCAGCUAUCAGAGUCUGCAACGUUAGCAGUGUCUUUGUUGUUUGUUUACAUUGUUGACGUUCCAUUUUAAACGAGUUACCUCGGUACACAACUAAUUUGAUUUUUACUUAACUACGGACGGUACAGUACGUGCCUGAAGAAGGUCAUAACUACCACACAACACAACCUCUACAGAAUCGAAGUGUAGCCUGUGGCUGAAUGAAAGAUGGCGACUGAGAAGGUGGGAAACGGAACUGGAGUAGCUUAUGAUGAGAAGGAGGACGACGAUGUCAGGCCAGAUGACCUGUCUGAGCUGCUGGGUGCCGGCACCAAGGAUAUCCAUGAGAAAGCAGAGAACAACCAGUUUGUCAAAGAUUUCCUGAGAGGCCGGAUCCGCAAGGAGCUCUUCAAGCUUGGGGCGGUUGCCUUGUAUUUCACCUACACAGCCCUGGAAGAGGAGAUCGAGAGGAACAAAGACCAUCCCCAGUUUGCUCCACUCUACUUCCCCACGGAGCUUCACCGGCAUGACGCCUUGGCCAGGGAUCUGGAGUACUUCUAUGGUCCAGACUGGGAGAACGUGGUCACCUGCUCCCCUGGCGCCCAGCACUAUGUGGACCGCAUCCACGAGGUGGGCCAGUCAGACCCCGCUCUGCUGGUGGCCCACUCAUAUACCCGCUACAUGGGCGACCUGUCAGGUGGGCAGGUGCUGAAGAAGGUGGCACAGCGGGCGUUGAAGUUGCCAGCCACGGGGGAAGGUCUGGAGUUCUACCACUUUGAAGGGAUCCACAGUGCCAAGGCCUUCAAACAGCUGUAUCGUAGCCGGAUGAAUGAGCUUGAACUAGAUGCUGCUACCAAGGAGAAGAUAGUGCAGGAGGCUGUUAAUGCCUUCCACUUCAACAUUGAGGUGUUUGAGGAGCUGGCAGAAAUUGGGAAAACUUUGAAGGAUGAGGUGAUGGACGCAGGCAUGGGAGUUCACGGAGAUAUGGAUGGAGACAUAAAUAAAUGCCCCUACUUUGCUGCUAAAAUGGCGGCCAGUGGUGGGUCAGCGUAUGCCUGUCAGAUGGCCAUGUCCGUCCUCCGACAUCCCACCGGCCAGGUCCUACUGGCGGCCUGGGUUGCUGCUUUGGCCGGAUUGGCAGCCUGGUACCUCAUGUAAUCCCAUCUACACCAAGUAGGAAUGCUGCAGGGAAUUGGGAGAAGAGUUUUUCAAUGAAGGUUGCGGAAGGGCAGGAAGAGUAGGGGCUGGCAGCUCGGUUGAGAUGAAAUCCCCCCCACACCCCUUUAUGGAUGACUUCCUCUCCUCCAGAUCAUCUCUUGCUCUUCUCCAAGUCCUUUAGUUGCCCUGAGGUCCGUCCUGUGAACUUGCAUCAUUGAGUGUGCUAUUCUGCCCUACCACUCUUAUUAUCUCCCCGUGUCGACAUGGAGGAUGCUCAUUGUACUCUUGCCACAAAUCACAGUGUUGUAUACGGUUAAACAAACAAACAAACAACAACAACAACAACAACAACAACAACAACAACAAAACAAUCUCGGGUGGAUAAUGGAUUGUUGUCUGGCCAGAAGUGGCAGGUAAAUGGAUGUAAAACAUCAUUACUGAGAAUGACAACGGACAAAGUGAUGGGUUGAAAUUUGCUGUAAUGUAAAUACACACAACACAAAUAUGAUAUUGGUUUGUGAGCUGGCUAUUGAAGAGGGAUGGUGUUUGAUGGUCUUAUGUUCCCUGAAACCCUAUAUCAAUUUGAGUUAAGUUAAGAAUCAUUUUUAGACAGGCAGUAUCACUAGUCAUCUGCAACAAGUAGAUGAAGGCCUCAUCCCUCCCUGCAAAGCUGCAGGAUUACUCUUGUAGUAUCAGUCACUCCAAGGCUCUUACUCUGUUGUGGGAGUCAAGCGUCCCUUCCCCACAACUCAGUUAAGUCGGUUACCUUCUUAAUUAAUUGAAGCAAUGUCUGUAUUCCUUACGUUGUCAUUUGAUAACAUGUUAAAUUUAUUGACCAAUGGUUGGUCUAUUGGUUUAAACCCCUGACUCUAUGCCAAAACGAUACCUCAUAUAAGAUUAAUGAAAUUAACUUUGCAUUGUUGGUGGUUUUAUACCUACUAAUUAGAUACGAAGGUCACUUGAAUGCAAAUAUAUAUUGGUAUGCGGUUAAUAACGGGCCCCAGCACAAUAAAGUAAGAUACUGCCAUACAUUAGUGAAGUACUUAACUAGAUAACCAUUCAGUAGUCCUGCCAGGCAGUUGCAUAGACAAGUAGAAUGUGUGGCUUGAAACACUGCUAAGGCUAUGGUUGGCUUUUAUGUCUUAACUACAGCAGUUAAUAGUCUGUAGGUGGGGUCUUUGCCUUAGCAAUAAUUUUUGUGAAUGAUUUUGAAGGUGCAGCACUAGCUGCUAAGAAUACCACUUGCCAUGUAGUAUGGCAUUAGUGAGGGUAUUUUAGAUACAAAUUUAGAUUACAGUAAGUCCCUGUUUCUUUAAUUUCAGUCCUUAGGCCAAGUUGUGAAACAGCAUUGCAUUUUUCAUUGGUUCAAAGCUUUGGUAUCAUAGCGUGUUGUGUGCACAUCGGUUACUUAACGCUAGCGCAGUAUCAUAUAAUUUUGGGAACAGUGUGGACCGUCCAAGGCUGGAUAGAGCCCCAUGAACCCCAUCAGUAUUAAAUAUUGCAAUUCAUCAAGACUGAAGAAUGCUUGUAUCACAGUCAGCUUCAUAACAAACGGUGGUUUGUGAAAAAACAUUUUGUUUGCCUCCAUCGCACAGGCAAACAAAUUAUGCACACAAGUAAAACCACAUUCCCUAGUGGCACCGCAUUAUUGUCAGAUUGAAACAAUUUACAUAUGACCUGCUGUAUGUGUGCCUGCUUGAGAACGGUUGAGCUGCUGUUCAAUAAUCUAAUCCAUCCAAAUUGUGCAAUCUAUCCAGCAUCAUCAGUGACAGUUAAUGCCAGUUUAAUGUUAGCUAACAGUUAGCUAACGGUAUAGUUGUGAAAUAAACUGUGCUAAGAGUCCAA